AUGAGGCUCCUCAAUACUACCACCCAUGACCUGACCAAGUUUCACGCCCAGAUCCCUCCCUAUGCCAUUCUAUCUCAUACAUGGGCUGAUGACGAGGUUGCGUACAUUGACCGUCAGUAUCUCAAGGAUGCCGCAGAGCUAAAGGCUUAUCAGAAGCCAUUUGGCUUCUACAUCGAGGAAGCUAGACAUGGCUUCGAAUGGUUGACAGAAGCCAUCAACUCCAUGUUUCGCUGGUAUCAAAACGCGGCAGUCUGUUACGUUUACCUUUCGGACUUCGUCGCGUCCGCAGACUCUGAUUUCACCACCUCUGGGGGCCGCUCACGUUGGUUCGGCCGGGCUUGGACUUUGCAAGAGCUUCUCGCUCCCAAAAACAUGGUGUUUUACGAUUGUCACUGGAAUGAUAUUGGCACCAAGGUAUCCUUGGCCGCAACCAUCGCAAGCAUCACUGGGAUUGAUCGUAAGCUCCUGACCGGUGAAGCUCGACUCAACGAAUACAGUGUUGCUCAGAAGAUGACCUGGGCCUCGUUGAGACAGGCCACACGCAUCGAAGACAUGGCAUACUCUCUGCUGGGCGUGCGUCUGCAGGAAGAAAUAAUCAAGACCAACAAUGAUCAGUCCAUUUUCGCGUGGAGGAUAGGCGCCCUGUCGGACCAAUCCUUAUCUCGAGGCAUCCUUGCCUCUCUGCCCAGUGACUUUAGAGGAUCAGGAAUGGUCGUUCGGGUACAAAGUCGCCACCCCAUGCCUUCGGCGGCUUAUGCUCUUGCAGACGAAUGUCUCGCGGUCGACUUGCCGAUAUUUCAGGGCCUGGGGCAGGAGACGUUCCUCGGCGUCCUCUACUGCCACUUCAUUGACUACCCCGACACGAGACUCGCGAUACUUCUCCAGCAGGUGUCCUAUUCCCCUCAAGACGUGCCAAACAGUACAAGUCAGACAGCGCCGAUCUUCGGCUCCAAGGGAUCGGACAAAAGGCUCCAUUGCAGACGCGUAGCACAGGAUACUCUGCAAGUCGUGCAAAUGGAGGCGCUGGCGAAGUGGCCCUCCAUGCCCUUGACAGUGAGUCCGGUCUGGCAAUCACCGGAGGACCCAUCAGCGCCGAAAACCCGAUUCCCGGUGAUUGACGUGUCAAUAGAGCGGGAGAUGGGCAAGUCGGGCUUUUUUCUGCUUCGGACAAGCACGCUCUUUACCGAGGACAUGACGGACAGGCUGUUCAGCUACAUAUUCAGCAACAGCAUCGCCGAGAGCAUCGGUGAACAAUUUAUUCUGCGUGCUGAUCCAGGGGUCUGA